AUGGCGACUUCCAUAAACUACCUCGUGACCGGUGCGGGCAGGGGUAUCGGCAGAGGGCUGGUGCGGAAUCUCCUUACACGACCUGGAAACCGUGUCUUUCUCUUGGACAACAACGAGAGUGAGCUGCAGAACACGCUCUCGCUUGCAUCGACAUGGACAAAGUCAUCAGAUACCAACAGAAGUUCUUAUAAGGGCAAGGUCGUCGACCUGAGCAAUCGCGAUGAGAUCAAGACCGUCGUCCGCGAGGUCAAUGAGUUCUUCGACGGCAAUCUACAUGCACUUAUCAACAAUGCUUUUGCUACCCCACACAUAUGGAAUGAUGGCAAGGGAAUGGAGGAUAAUCUUUCCUCAGACGAGAUUAUGGAUCAGUGGGAUCUCAAAAUCGCUGUUGGAUUAACUGCACCGUUCCUUCUCUCAAGACUCUGCGUACCCAUGCUCAAAGGCAAAGACGAAUCGAGUGCUGGGUGUAUCAUCAACAUCUCCUCUACUCGAGCUAAACAAGCGGAGGACAAUCACGAAGCCUACAGUGCUGCCAAAGGUGGCCUACUCGGUCUCACACAAGCGUCGGCUAUAAGCUUAGGUCACAGGCACAACAUCCGCGUCAAUGCCAUCAUUCCUGGUUGGAUCAACGUUGAAAACGAGAACAAAGCAGCAGAUGAGGCCUCGACUCAGUGGGAAGAUGGCAUGACGGAACACGAUCACUCAUGGCAUCCUGCUGGUCGAGUUGGAAAGGUUGAGGAUAUCUACAAAGCAGUCAAGUUCCUGGUGGAGUCAGACUUCGUCACGGGCGAGGAGAUUGUGGUGGAUGGUGGUGUAACACGGAAGAUGUACUAUCCGGAAUGA